AUGGAACAAUUCAAUUUUCAAAAUUUACAUUGUAUAUUUUAUGACGACAAUGAGAUUCUAGCCAGACGUCUAACAUCUCAAUUUGAUCUAUCGUUUAAUAUAAAAUAUGAACCGAAACAACAUUCAUUUUCGUGUUCAUUUGAAUAUAAGACAAAUUGUUUUCGACAUGAAACAAUUGAAAAACUCUCGAGACAAUAUCAGUUAUUAACCCGACAAUUAUUUGAUAAUAAACCAAUGUACGAACUGUCAAUACUUCUACCUGAAGAUAUAAGAAUAAUUACAGAUUUAAGUAUAGCAGAUGUACAGCACCAGCACCAGCAACAAUGUAUUCAUUACUUAUUUGUUGAUCGAUGUCAAGAACAUCCACAAAAGCUAUGCAUCGUAUUAGAUGAACAAUCAUUGACAUAUUCUGAAGUUCUCUAUUACGUUCAAUUGUUAUCAGUUUAUCUCAUCAAAGAAUGUUAUGUUCAACCACAACAAAUCGUUUGUCAAUGUGUGGAUCGAUCAAUUGAAAUGUGCAUCGGUAUCCUAUCAAUACUGACAUGUGCUGCGGUGUAUUGUCCACUCAAUCAACAAUAUCCACAAAAACGACUUUUAUCUGUCAUACAUGACAUGCAAACACAGCAUGUCCUUGUUCAUCAGUUAACAAAAUAUAAAUUCGAUGAAAUCAAUAUUCAAGAAAUCAUUUAUAAUUUAAAGCAUAGAUGUUUAUUGGAUAAUGAGUUGGAAUUAUUAUCAAAUGUCAAAUUAACAGCUGAUCAUAUAGCGUACGUUCUAUCUACAUCCGGCACAACUGGGCAACCAAAAUUUGUUCCAAUUUGUCAUCGAAAUUUUACAUCAUUUAUUCAGUCAUUUUCGUCCAAUCUACAAAUAUUCACUAGUCAAGAUAACGUUAUUCAAAUUGCUCAAUGUUCGUUCGAUGUCCAUUUUGAAGAAAUUGUCGGCGCUCUUGUUGUUGGUUCAACACUGGUCAUGCUUCAUCCUUCUGGUCAUCUAGACAUGUCUUAUUUAUCCUCCGUCAUACAAAUGAAGCAAGUAGCAUUCAUCGAUACUGUUCCAACAAUGAUGAUGUCAUUAUGUGAUUAUAUGCAAGAAACAAUUCAAUGUGAACGUUUGAAAAGUCUUCGUUGCAUAAGUGUUUGUGGUAAAUAUUUGAAUUUAUUUGUUGUUUGA